UCUAUUGUUUUUUCUAUAACUGCGGUUUAUCUGACUGAAUUUACUUUACAUGAAAAUAUCUUACACACAUUAAAAAACAAGAAACUGCAAUAAAAUUGUAUUAUUUUAAAUAGAUAUGACUUUGCUUGAAGCUGCAGAGACCACAAUACCUAAGGUAAUAGCUGUUGAAAAGUUGUUUGACAUUCCAAAUGGAUCAGGCAACGAUUAUAUUGAAUUUGAGUCUUUAAGAAGCGAUGAACCAGUAACAGAAGAGACUGUUUUAGAAGAAAUUACCCUUGAUAUGCCAAUUAUCAUUACUGAAGUAAAAACUAUGAACAAAAAUAAAUCUGAUCUGACUUAUGGGGUAUCAGAAUUUCAAGAUUAUUAUGAAAACAGAAUCUUUGUUGAACAGCCUGAAGCAGAAAGAGUCGCAACAGUAGACAACAAUAUACAUAUUGAAAGUCUGCCAAUUACUAUUAUUGAUGCAACAAUGGUGACCAGUAACAAAACUGACCUUCCCUAUGGGGCCACAGAUUUUCAAAAUACAUAUAAAAGUUGUGAAUUGGUUAUACAGCCCGAGACCGAACCAAUAUCAUCAAGAGAACAGAACGAUCCGCAACUUCAUUUAAAUCUACUCCACCGUAAUUCUCAAAUGACUCCAGUCUGUCAAUUUCUUGAUCAUUCUGACGCUGAAGAAGACCCUUUUAUCGGUGAUGAUCAACUCAAUGAUCCUGAUUUUAUACCUCCAAUAGAAACGGAUUCAGAUCUCCGAAAAAAACUAAAAUAAAUAAUCAGAACUCCGCAGGCGAUAAUCAUCCGCAGCCUUUUGCUGUAUUAAGUAAACGAUGCCGAAAGAUUAGAAAAGAGAGAAAGGAUAAAAGAAACUCAGGUCAGUCGUACGUAACUGAAACUGGGAAAAUGAUAUCUGAGAAAAGAUGUAUAGAAGAGCUUCCAGAUUGUCGGCGAAAGUGUAAGAAUCGGUUUGAUUACAAUUUAAGAAAAGGAUUGUUUGACUCAUUUUGGUCAAUGAAUAGUAGAAACAGAAGAUCUGAUUAUCUCAGCGGCUUGAUAACAUCUGGCCCUAAAGCAACUCAGAGAUUGCGACAUCAGAACGGACCUCUAAGAAAUCGUACUCUAAGUAACGUGUAUAAUUUAAAAGUCAACGGCGAUUUGCAACCCAUUUGCAAAACUUGUUUUCAAAAGACAUUUGAUGUCACCGACGGAUUUAUAAAGUAUAUGUUAGCUUCAAGAUCAGUAAAUGAAGCAGGAAUAGCAGAAAUGGACCGAAGGGGUAUUAAUCCGCCAAUUUCAAAAACAUCAGAUGAACGAAGAAGUCAAGUCAUUGAUCAUAUAAACUCUUUUCCCCGCUACGAAAGUCAUUACAGUCGUCGUCAUACCCAGAAGCAAUAUCUGGCAGCAAAUUUAAGCAACUCCCUUACAUUCAAACAAGUAUUAUGUUCUACAAACGUCAGUUAUCCGUUUAUAAUUUGACAAUUUACGAAGGGGCAGAAAGUAUUGCACACAAUUUUUUGUGGGACGAAACCAUAGCUGGCCGAGGGGCAAAUCAGAUAGGUUCCUGUUUAUAUAAAUAUUUUAUGGCUUUGCCUGAACAUAUUUCCCAUGUUGUCAUGUAUUCAGAUACAUGUACAGGGCAAAACCGAAAUUCGCACAUAGCUGCUAUGUGUUUCUCAGUUCUGCAGCAGCACCCCUCUCUUAAAGUAAUUGACCAUAAAUUUAUGCUAAGUGGACACUCCCAUAUGGAAUGUGACACCGCACAUGCUAUGAUUGAAAAGAAAAAAAAAAGGACGGAUAUGAGAAUUCACCACCCACGUGAUUGGGCUCAGCUAAUCCGUUCUGUCGGGAAGAAGGGAACAUUUUUAGUCACUGAGAUGCUGCAAGCAGAUUUUUAUGAUUUUAAGGCCCUUUACAAUCAAAAGCUUCAAGUUAAAACCCGAAAUUCUGAAAACGAAAAGUUUAUAUGGCACGAUGUUCAGUGGUUGAGAUUGACAAAAGAUCAGAUUGGCGUAAUGCAAUAUAAAACCUCUGUUGACAUAGAUGAACCUUUUAAAAGUAUUUCUUAUCUACGAAGGCGGCGAAAUAACCCGGAUUUAGUACCUCAACCCCAAUACACAGCAUUUUUACCAAUAUCUGAAGAGAAAAAGAAAAAUUUGCUAAGUGUCUUACAUUUGAUAGAUCCUGUAUUUCAUGAUUAUUACAAAAACCUACCCACCUCUUCAGCACAAAAAAAUGGGUCUGAUGGUUCUGAAGAAGAUGAGUAGUGUAUUGGUCAAUUUUCAUAUAUUUCAUCUUAAUAUUGCGUCGCAGAAUAUAUUAUUAGGAGGUUUUAGGAUGU